GAAAACGGAGGCUGACGGCACAGUUACGGGCGGCGUGGCAGAGAGAGAGGCGGAGCAAGACAGAGGAAGUGGCUUAGACAUGGCAGCUUCUCCUCCUCUUUCUCCGUCACCUCACGAUCUCCUUCUUCUCCAUCAGCUCACAACCGUCACCGACAGCCGUCUAGAGGCAUAUGAAUAGUCGCCGCCAUGGGCGGAGUAACCUCCUCGAUCGCUGCGAAGUUCGCGUUCUUCCCGCCACAGCCGCCGUCGUACACGGUGGUAGCCGACACCUCCAGCGAAGGAGGUGCUUCUCAUCGGUUUUAUAUUCCCGAGGUUCCGAAGAAGGAGAACGUCGACGUUUUGAAGCUUAGAACCCGUCGAGGGAACGAAAUCGUGGCGGUUUAUGUCAAGUACCAUAAGCCAACUUGCACUAUGCUCUAUUCUCACGGAAAUGCCGCCGAUUUGGGUCAGAUGUUUGAGCUCUUCGUUGAAUUGAGUAACCGUCUUCGCCUCAAUGUUAUGGGUUAUGAUUACUCUGGUUAUGGACAGUCAACUGGAAAGCCAACUGAAUAUAAUACAUAUGCAGAUAUUGAUGCUGCAUAUAAAUGCCUAAAAGAGCAAUAUGGAGUGAAAGAUGAGCAGUUGAUACUGUAUGGCCAAUCUGUUGGUAGUGGUCCCACACUUGAUCUGGCUUCACGGUUACCAGAGUUAAGAGGUGUUGUCUUGCAUAGUCCAAUUUUGUCAGGGCUGAGAGUGUUGUACCCGGUAAAACGGACAUACUGGUUUGAUAUUUACAAGAAUAUUGACAAGAUUGGUCUGGUCAAAUGUCCAGUUUUGGUUAUACAUGGGACAGCCGACGAAGUCGUGGAUGUAUCCCAUGGGAAACAGCUCUGGGAGCUUUGCAAGGAAAAGUAUGAACCCUUGUGGGUAAGUGGUGGUGGGCAUUGUAAUCUUGAGCUUUACCCAGAAUUCAUUAAACAUCUAAAGAAAUUUGUACAGACAGUUGGAAAAUCUAAAGGAACAUCAAAUGGUUCUAAAAAGGAUACAGUAGUACAAACCAAUGACCAAACCACAGCUAGCAAUGAAGUCGUAUCUGGAACUUCGAAUGCAUCUGAGCUUAGUAAAGAUCUUCCAGAAGCUUCGAGAAACAGUUUAGAUAGCCGCCUCGAGAAGUCGAAAAAAUCAAACCAACCAGAAAAAUCACGAAUGAGCACAGACCAUGUUGAUAGGUUUAGGAGAAGAAAGGGGUUAGUUUGGUAGUGUUUGUACACAACACAGUAUCCAGAAGAAUAAAUUUUUCUUUUAAGUAUAAACGUGGCGGGUAAUCUAAUUCCAAUUCCUCAGGUAAUGAAUUCUAAAUCUAAAUGAAUGUAUUAAUGUGAGAUUUAUGCUUUCUUUGCUUAUUUAAUUGUUCCAUAAUUCAGCUGUAAUGAAUUGAAUGUCAUGUAAAAUCAAUCGUUUGAUCUAAAUGUAAUCAUAAAGAUACUUUGUUUCGGUAAAAUACCAGCUUGAUCUUCA